GUAUGAACGCUAGCGUUUUGCCGGUCGCCAUCUUUAUUGAGAACUCGCGCGCGCGCUGUUUGUUCGUCGUCACCGUGCUCGUCGUCAUAGCUUGUUCACUCGUCGUUGGAAGAAUUUGCAACUCUAAAUAAUGAACGACACCCACGACAAUGCCAAAAUCAAAACGUACCCUACGGCGUCAUAUUUCUAAUGCAGUCAGAGAUAGUGUCAACUUAGUUACAGCGUCAACUUUUGACAAUGAGCUCUCCCUGCAAACAAACCCUGUCCUGUCAAACCCUGUCUUGUCAAACCCUCAGAGAGGUUAUCUGAAUGCUGCACUCUCCUCCGAGUCGGAGACGUGCUCUGAGCAGGAAUCGAGUGAAACAGGCGAUCCCUCUUCACAAGACCAACUGGGGUCCAUCUCGGAUGAUUCUUGCAUAUCCUUUGACUCUAGGGAACAGCAGUUUUCUGCUGACAUAAACCACAUCACUGAGGAACUGGUGCCAAGCACAUCUGUAUCAGUGAGUGCUACACAGAAGAAUAGUGUUGAGAGCUUCAAAACAAUGCUCCAGACAUGGGCUAUAAGACACAAUGUAACUCAUGAGUGCUUGACAGAUCUUUUGAAGGUUCAGCGCACACACCCUUGCUUUGCAGAGCUGCCAGGGUGCUCUAGAACCCUUCUUCAAACACCUAGAAUGUGUAUGGGCAUUGUGAACAUAGGUGGCGGCCAGUACUGUCAUUUUGGUCUCGCUACUCAACUUCAGCAAAGCCUUGAGAAUGUCCAACACUUUCCCGGAGUUCUGAAUUUGCACAUCAACAUUGAUGGACUUCCCUUGAGGAAAAGUACAAAAGAACAGUUUUGGCCAAUUCUUUGCCAGGUGGUUAACUGUGGACCAGGCAUACCAUUUCCAGUUGGUGUGUUCUAUGGGCAUUCAAAGGCUCUGAAAGCAAAUGAAUUCCUACAACCACUCGUAGAUGACUUAAACGCGGCACUUGACUCCGGCGUGACCAUUAGGGAUGUGACCGUCCAAGUGAAGCUUACAGCAUUAGUGUGUGAUGCUCCAGCUAGAGCCUACAUCCUACAUAUCAAAGGUCACUCGGGCUACUCAAGUUGCAGUAGGUGCACUACUGAGGGAGUCUCGCUUGGUAGGAUGUGCUUCCCCGAGUUAGACGCCCCUUUAAGAACAAAUGACAGUUUCAGGAGCCAUGUUGAUGAGGGUCAUCACACUGGUGUGAGCAUACUUGAGAAACUACCAAUUGACAUGGUAGCACAAGUCCCGCUUGACUACAUGCAUUUGGUGUGCAUUGGUGUCGUGCAUAAGCUGAUGAGGGUCUGGUUUAAAGGACCAAAAGCCUGUCGGAUGGGGUCAAAUGUAAAGGAUGAGCUCUCCACCAAAAGCGAAGCACUGCGGCAUUUUGUUCCAUCAGAUUUUAGUCGUCGGCCUCGAAGUUUUUGGGAUAUGGAGAUGUGGAAAGCAACGGAAUUCAGACUUCUUCUGCUGUACACUGGUCCUGUGAUCUUUCCAUCCACAGUUCGAUCAGACCUUCAGGCAAACUUUAUGAUUCUCCAUUGUGCCAUAACAAUCCUGGCUUCACCAAGGCUUUCAAAGGAGCUUGUUGAUUAUGCUGAAAAGCUUCUGCGUUACUUUGUGGAGACCUGCAAGUCACUGUUUGAAACCGAAUUUAUUUCAUACAAUGUUCAUGGGCUCUUGCACUUGGCAAAUGAUGUCAGGGCACACGGUCAUUUGGACAGGUGGAGUGCCUUUGCAUUUGAAAACUACAUGCAAAACUUCAAAAAGAGUUUGAGGAAACCAGAAAAGCCACUAGAACAACUCUGCAACAGGAAGGUUCUGUAUUGCAACAAACAAACGAGACAACACAUGUACACUUCUGGAUGGUGGCAUCAUAGAGGUUCACAGCAUUGCAUUUUCAUGCUUGUCCAAGAAGCCAGUGCUUGUUGGAAGGAGGUACUCUGUAGUAGAGGAUCUGUACACAUAUCCAUGCCGGUCGUCGCUUCUUAA